AUGGCUUCCAGGACUGUCGCCGUAUCCCGCCUGCUCUCGUCUCCGCGGCCACGAUGUUCCCUUCCACGGCUGGAUGCCCGGCUCCCUGGGCGUCGGUUGAUGUCUUCUCCGCGGUCGUUGUUGGGUAGUUCAAGCCCCAGAUCUUCAGAGGGAAUUAUAUCAUAUCCGCUUGCUCAGGCUGCUUCGGUGGUUGCUAAUGAAGUUUGCUGCGUAGUUCCUUUAGUCACCUCCGAGAGUAUCUCAUACCCGUCCUUGUCCUAUACGAGUAGACGCAGCAUGGCGACUCGUCGUCUCAACAUCAACAAUAUCAGACCGGAGGUCCGGGAUGCCCAGUACGCCGUCCGCGGGGAACUAGCAACAAAGGCGGAGGAAUACCGGGUGCGGCUGGAGAAGGGUGACAAGUCGUUGCCGUUCGAUACGGUGAUUUUCGCCAACAUUGGCAACCCACAGCAGCUGGAUCAACAGCCGAUCACCUUCUUCCGUCAAGUCCUCAGCCUUUUGGAGAACCCCAAGUUGCUGGAGAACGAGGAGGCGCUGAAAUCAGCUUUUGGAUACAAGCAGGAUGUGAUUGACCGGGCCAGGAGGUUGCUGAAGGGCGUUCACACGGUGGGUGCUUACAGCCACAGCCAAGGAGCGCCGAUCGUCCGGGAGAGCGUUGCAAAGUUCAUCGAAGAGCGCGAUGGCUUCCCGGCUGACCCGAAAGAUAUCUUUCUCUCUGCCGGAGCUUCGUCUGGCGUCAGUACCCUUCUGCAGGUCAUCUGCGCGAAUCCCUCGUCGGGCGUGCUAGUCCCUAUUCCGCAGUAUCCUCUCUACACGGCCACUUUGGCGGUCCUGAAUGCCCACUGCGUUCCGUAUUAUCUGGAAGAAGGCAAGGCUUGGGGUACCGAUGUCAGUGCCAUUAAGGAGUCUUUGGUCAAGGCAAAGCAGAACGGGGUGGAUGUCCGGGCCAUCGUGGUGAUUAACCCGGGCAACCCGACCGGUGCCAGUCUGAGUCGGCAGGAUAUCAAAGACGUUCUCGACCUUGCCGUGGAGGAGAAUCUAGUCAUCAUUGCGGACGAGGUCUACCAGAACAACGUCUUCAUCGGGGAAUUCACCUCGUUCCGGAAACGGUUACGGGAGUUGCAGCAGGAAUUCCCAGGCAAGUACGACAGCGUCGAGUUGGCGUCUCUGCACAGUGUCUCCAAGGGAAUGGUGGGCGAAUGCGGUCACCGAGGCGGCUACUUUGAGCUGGUCAACUUUGACCCGGAGGUGCAAGCCCAGAUCUACAAGCUUGUUAGCAUUAUGCUCUGCCCGCCAGUCAUUGGACAGUGCCUGGUCGAGCUGAUGGUUAACCCGCCCAAGGAGGGUGAGCCGAGCUACGAGCUCUAUCAAAAGGAGUACAACAGCAUCAAGGAGGGGCUGCAACAGCGCGCUACGGCGUUGUACGAGGCAUUCCGCAAGAUGGAGGGUGUUGAAUGCCAGGAGCCUCAGGGCGCCAUGUACCUUUUCCCAACAAUCACCCUCCCACCCAAGGCCAUUGCCGCGGCGCAAGCCGCCAACAAGAAGCCCGACGAGUUCUACGCUCUGAAACUGCUAGAUGCGACGGGCAUCUGUGUCGUUCCCGGAUCCGGGUUCGGCCAGAAGGAGGGCACGUUUCAUUUCCGGACGACGUUCCUGGCUCCGGGGACGGAGUGGGUGCAGCGGAUCACCAAGUUCCACGAGAAGUUCAUGGAUGAAUAUCGAUGA